CACAUCUGCUUAUUCUCCUUCAUCACCUUGCAUUCUUCUGCAAUCCCUCUGCCAAGUCUGGCAGCACAGCAUCGCCAUCCCACCCCGAGACUCACUUACACCAGCAUCAUUGCCCUCAUCCCAACCUUUCCCUCCAACCAGUCUCAAAAUCUAGUCAUCAUGUCGGAGUGGCCCGAGCGAGAUAUCGACAAGAUUGCCAAGGGGUGGUCCAUCGCCAUGCGCUGCUCCAAAGAGCGCCUCAAGCGGGUGUACGGUCUCGAGACGCAGCAGCUGGAUGAUGCCGUCAACCAAGGCCGCGUUGUCCUCGAGACAGUCUGCGUUUUCAUGCACGCCUGUGUCAAGCGUGGACAGUACAAGCUUCCCCUUGAGUUCUGGCGGAUCCUCCAUUCUGAGUACGGCAUCGUCGUCUACCCCUCCGCCUUCACAGAAGACAUUGAGAUCCAAGGGUUGGGCAUGGACGUCACAUUCACAGAGGCUUACCAUGGUCACAUCGUGAUGUUUGGCAGUUGCUGCGGGAGCACGAACCCGCCUCCUUGUCCCUUCGAGAUCCUCACCGAGCCACCUCCGGUCUACCAGAAAGAAACCCCCAAGGUGGAGGCGCCUAAGCUCGACGCACCAAAGGUGGCAUAG